CGCCAUAUUGUCUGGCGACAUUAGUACUGCCAUCUGUGAGUAGACUAAGGAAACAACUGUGUUUUCGUCUGUUUUCGUCCAGUGCUCCAGUUUCUGUGUGACGUGUGACGUGUGUUGUGUACAAAAAAAGUUACCUUAAAAAAUAAUUUGUAAAAAAUGCCGCUUUGUAUUGCAAUCGGUUGUUGCAAUAAAAGCUACCGAAAAAGCAAAGAGCAAAUUAAUAUUGAAAAAAAUAUUGCAAUUACAUUUCACCGAUUUCCACAAGAUGAAUCAAAAAAAUUAACUUGGGCUAAAGUUAUGGGCCUUCAGAUGGAAUGUUUACCCAAGUCUUCACAUUUAUGCUCGUUGCAUUUUUCGGACGACGACUUCGAUCGCAGUUCCCUGACACGAAUAAGAUUGAGAGAAAAUGCCAUUCCAAUUUCAAAUAUUUCAAAAGUUGCGGGUGCAGAAGAAGUCUCUUUGCAAAGUAAUACAUUGUCAGCUACAUCAACAGAGUCGGUGCACGAGGAUGAUUCGAUUUGCGAGCCGGAAAUAAGCAGAAUUACAUUAAAAAGAAAAAGAGAAGAAGAGUCUACUUCAUUUGGUGUGUAUACCGACCACCACGGAAAAAAUUAUUGCGCAAAACUUUAAUGCACCAAAAGAAAUAUUAUGAAAGGCAAGUGCAAACAUUAAAACAAAAAAAUAAGCGCUAUGAGAAACGGAUCGCGCAAUUGAAUACAGUUCUAAAAGAACUCAAACAAAAAAGUUUAUUGGCAGACGAACAU